AUGCAGCAUCUUUAUCAUCGUCAUGCGUAUCUCUUACUACAGCUUGGAAGAACUCGUCAGACUGUCAACGUCCUAUCUCAACGCGGUUUUGCUGUGUCAGCACUCCCACUUGAUAAUCCAUACACGGGAGAAAUCUAUUGUGAGGUUUCUUAUGACUCAAAGGUUGAAGCACAUGCCAAAGUUAAUGCUGCGAUGAAGGCGCACAUUGAUUGGAAGAACGUGCCGCUUGAUGAACGUCAAGUACUAUGCACCAAGUGGAUUAGUGCUCUCUCUAGUCACGCAGAAAACAUUUCGUACGACAUUUCCAGUAUGAUGGGAAAGCCGAUUCAUCAAGCGCGACACGAGGUCAAUGGCACGAUUGACCGUGCCAAAGCUCUUAUCUACUUGUCGAACGAAGCGCUGCGCACGGACUCAUUUCCUGAAGAGAAAGAUUUGUUUCGACAAAUCACGCACGAACCUGUUGGCGUCGUUUAUGUCAUUGCUCCGUGGAACUACCCUCUUAUGACGGCAGUCAACUCAAUCAUUCCCGCUGUACUUGCUGGCAACUCGGUGAUAUUGAAGCACUCACCUCGCACUCCACUCUGCGGAGAGCACUACGAAAAAACAUUUCAGCAAGCCGGUUUUCCGACGAAUGUCCUCCAGUCGUCAUUUGUUGAUCACGACACGGUUGCAGAAAUUAUACAGCGCCCGGAGAUUGCAUUUGUAUCGUUCACCGGAUCUGUUCGAGGUGGUCGCCAAGUCCAGCAGGUGGUGUCCCAGCGCUCGAUUGAUGUAACGUUGGAGCUUGGAGGCAAUGACGCUGGAUACGUAACGGCCGAUGCGGACGCUGAAACUGCUGCGGAGGGUCUAGUGGAUGGUGCUUGCUAUAACGCUGGUCAAUCAUGCUGCGCUAUGGAGAGAAUUUACGUUCACAAGUCCAAGUACGACCGUUUCUUGGAGAAGGCGACAAGUUUGCUCGAAGCGUACAAGCUGGGCAACCCGACUGACGCGAAAACGUCAAUGGGUCCGAUGGCCCUUCCUACUGCACCGGAAAUGCUUGAUGCUCACGUAAAGGAUGCUGUAGCGAAGGGUGCUGUCCAAGUAAUUGGCAGUGGAAUUGUUACGGAUGCUGCUGGAAAAGGUCGCUUUUACUCUCCUACUCUCCUUGGUAACUGCAACGGCUCCAUGAACACUAUGAAGGAGGAAUCAUUUGGACCAAUUGUCAGCGUCGAGUGCGUUUCAUCGGAUGCUGAGGCUAUCGAGAAAAUCAACGACAGCAUAUACGGACUGACAGCCUCUAUAUUUUCAUCUGACCGUGGGCACGCCAUGGCGUUGGGCUCACAGAUCAGUGUUGGCACUGUGUACAUGAACCGGUGUGAUGUACUUGACCCUUAUCUUCCCUGGACCGGCCACCGUGACUCCGGCAAGGGAAUCAGCCUCUCCAAGCAUGGAUUUCGUGGCGUCACGAAACUCAAAUCAUGGAACUUUCGCGUAUAG